AUGGAUGCAAUAUUCUAGUAAGAGAAGGAAUAGAUUCUCGCAGAAUUUGAAUCGAAACUACGCCGACUACAGUUACCAGUUCAAAACAAAUAAUAUCAAGAUGGAAGCGAGUAUUUUGGAGAACUCAAUAAUGACCUCAGAUGGGGUUAGGGAGUUUACUACUAUUACACUGGAGACGUAUAUGCUGGACAAUGGGCUAAUGAUUUAUUUGAUGGAGAUGGAACCUACAUAUUUGCAUCAGGAGAAAGAUACCAAGGUCAAUUGAAGGAGGGUAAGAAACAUGGCUUUGGUACCUACUACUAUCUGAACGGAAAUAGUUAUACAGGCAAUUGGGCUAACGAUAAGAAGCAGGGAAGGGGAGUCUAUGUGUAUGCAUAAACUAACGAAAAAUAUGAUGGCGAAUGGAAUAAUGGAUUAAGGUAAGGUUAUGGUACAUUUACAUAUCAAUGUGGAGUGUAUGAUGGCGAGUUUAUUAACAAUGUUAAAGAAGGCAAGGGGGUUUUAAAGUAUAAAAGUGGAGCCAUCUUAGAUGGGGAGUGGAAGAAGGAUAAAGUAGAAGGGGAAGGAAAAUUAACAUUGCCAAAUGGAGACUACUAUAAAGGUACUUGGGUAGGUAGUCAUAUGAAUGGUUACGGAAGAUACCAAUAUUAAAGUGGAGGAUACUAUGAAGGAUGGUGGAAACAAGACUUAUUUCAUGGAGAAGGAAUGUUGACUUAUGAAAAUGGUGAUAUUUAUAGAGGAGAAUUUUAGAAUGGUUUAAAACAUGGAAAAGGAAUAUACUUACAUUAAAAUGGUGAUCAAUUUGAGGGCGAAUUUAAAAAUGAUAUGAGAGAUGGAACAGGAGUAUUGAGGAUGAAGAAUGGAGACAGGUAUGAAGGAGAAUGGUCGAAUUCACUUAAGGAAGGAAAGGGCACAUACUAUUACUCAAAUGGGGAUAGAUUCGAAGGUAAUUUUGUGGGUGGAAAGAGAUCUGGUCAUGGAGUUUUUUAUUGGCCAGAGAAAUCAUCAGUAAGUGGGUUUUGGAUAGAUGACACCAUGAAUGGACAAGGAGUCUUAAUGAAAGAUAAUGGAGAUAAAUUGUAAGCCCUUUUUAAAAAUAAUAAAUUAGUUGCAUGA